AUGGCGACUACUGCGAUGGACUACGAGACCGCCAACGGCGACCGCUACGAGGACGAGGCUCCCCGGUACGACCGCGACAACCGAAGUGCCUCUCCUCGUCCUCCUCGUGACGAUAAUGAUGAGCCUCGCCGCCGCUCUGCUUCCCCCGGCGGCCACCACGACAGUGCGAAGGGUGGCUCUGGUCCCAAGGACGACGAUGAUGAUGGUGCCGUGAACCCAGGCUCCAACCUCUUCGUCACUGGUAUCAACCCCAACCUUUCCGAGAGCGAGAUCGCCAAGAUGUUCGAGAAGUACGGAGAGGUCGAAAAGUGCCAGAUCAUGCGUGAUCCCCAUACCAAGGAGUCCCGAGGUUUCGGAUUCGUCAAAAUGGUAACAUCUGACCAAGCUGAGGCUGCUAAGGAGGGACUUCAAGGCGAGACGAUUGAUGGCCGCACUUUGAGCAUCGAAAAGGCACGCCGUGCUCGCCCACGCACCCCAACUCCCGGCAAGUAUUUCGGACCACCAAAGCGAGACCCCCGCCCUCGCCACGAUGACCGCCGACGUGGUGGUGGUGGUGGUGGUGGCUACGGUCGCGAUGACCCUUAUCGCUACCGCGGCUAUGACCGCAACUACGAACGCGGUGGCUACCGACGCAACGAGGACCGCGGCUACGAACGUGGCUACGACCGAGGCUACCGUGAAGAGCGCCGCUACGAAGACCGUGAUUACGACCGCAGCUAUGACCGCAGAGAUCGCGAUGAUGGCUACUAUGGCCGUGAGCGUUAUGGUCGUGGUGAAGGCCGCGCUGAAGGUCGUGCUGAAGGUCGCAGUGAAGGCCGUGAAGACCGCGAUCGCUACAGCGGUGCUCGUAGCGGCCCCAGCGGUCCCAGUGGUGGCGGUGGCGGUUACGAUCGCGAGCGUUACGAUCGCGACGCACCUCGAUCCCGAGACCCCCCUGCCAGCGGUGCAGGCUACGGCGAGUCAGCCGGAGGUUCGGGCUACUACUGA